GGCCUCGUGGCACGGGACGUUUCAAGUCCGGGCGUCCCCGCGAGCAAGCAGCCUGAUCAGGCCUCGCAGUGGGACGUUGGGAAGCCGGUGUUGGCAGAUGCUGUGGCUGGGAGGAGUCCAGAGCUUCGCCCUGUCCCCGCGGGGCUGAGCCACAACUGCUUAGGAGUUUUGGGCAGGAUUGAUGGAUGCAGGAAGCAGUAGGAGUUUGGAGAAUGCAGUGAAUAGGAUCUAUCAUGAUCAGCUUGUUCCAAAGAUAAACACAAGCAAGAAAAUGUCCACCUUAGUGCACCCACCUAACAUCCUGGAAAUGUCACAAGAGAUUAAGAAAAACUGUGGAGGUAAACAGGUAGAAAUCACACCUGAAAGAAUAAAAAUGACAAAGGGCAUCAAAGAAAAACAAAGCAAUGAUUUACAGAAAGCAGCCCUUAAACGGAAGGCAGAAGGUGAAGAAAAGCCAACUAGAAAGAAAGAGGCAAAGAUAACAGAACUUGACAAUCAGUUAAUCACCAUGCCUCUGCCUCACAUCCCCUUAAAGAACAUAAUGGAUGUGGAAAUGAAGUUGGUCUACAUUGAUGAAGUGGGUGUUCGCUAUGAGUUUGUAGAGUCCUUCAUGUCUACUGGGAGUCAGCCAACAUGCCGAGCUGCUGAAAUAGUAGACCCUUUGAGUGUACAUAAUUUCAGCUUUCUGCCUCAGAUUGACAAAUGGCUUCAGGUAGCCUUAAAGGAUGCCAGCUCUUGCUAUAGACAAAAGAAAUACGCCUUGGCAGCAGGACAGUUCAGAACAGCACUUGAGCUUUGCAGCAAAGGAGCAGUUCUGGCAGAACCAUUUGAUGCACCUGCUGAAGAUAUAGCAAGCGUGGCAAGUUUCAUUGAGACAAAGCUUGUUACCUGUUAUCUACGGAUGAGGAAACCAGAUCUUGCCCUGAAUCAUGCACACAGGAGCAUUGUUUUAAACCCAGCCUAUUUCCGGAAUCAUCUUCGUCAAGCGACAGUGUUUAGAUGUCUGGAGAGGUAUUCAGAGGCUGCCCGGAGUGCCAUGAUUGCUGACUACAUGUUCUGGCUUGGUGGAGGAAGGGAACAGAGCAUAAGCAAGCUCAUCAAACUGUAUUGGCAGGCCAUGAUUGAGGAAGCCAUCACCAGAGCUGAAUCUUUCUCGGUUAUGUACACACCAUUUGCGACAAAAAUGAGAGCUGAUAAAAUAGAAAAAGUAAAAGAUGCUUUCACAAAAACUCAUCCUGCAUAUGCACAGUAUAUGUACACAGAUCUUCAAGCACUCCACAUGUUGCCUCAGACAGUUGACUGGUCAUCUUUUCCUCCCCAACAAUAUCUCUUGACUCUUGGGUUCAAAAACAAAGAAGAUGGAAAAUUUUUGGAAAAAAUAUCAAGCAGGAAGCUGCCGAUAUUCACAGAGCAUAAAACACCUUUCGGUCUGACCAGAGAAGAUACAGUGAGGCAAAUGGAGACAAUGGGGAAGCGAAUCUUGCCAAUAUUGGAUUUUAUUAGAAGCACCCAAUUGAAUGGGAGUUUUCCUGCAUCCUCAGGUGUGAUGGAGAAGUUCCAAUAUGCCAGCCUCCUCAGCCAGCUGCAGAGAGUAAAGGAGCAGUCCCAGGUGAUUAAUCAAGCAAUGGCAGAGCUAGCAACCAUUCCCUACCUACGGGACAUCAGUCAACAGGAGGCAGAAUUGCUGCAGUCACUAAUGGCAGAUGCUAUGGACACCCUUGAAGGAAGAAGAAACGAUAAUGAACGUGUGUGGAAUACGAUCCAAAAGAAUCAAACAGCUAAGCACCACUCUGUCUGCAACUAAGAAGAAAAAGUUAUUUGCUCUUCAUUUAUAAAGCCUAAACCUGGCACUGAGAAGAUCAGCAUUUAACCUGGUAUGACAUACAGUAUUGUCUUGUUCUGCUAUGCCUCUGGAUCACUGAUUGAAGACUAAAUGAGGAAAAUAAAACUUUGUUACAUUAAAAGUAAUGAGAAAAGUGCUCCAGCAUAUACUUUCGGACCUGUGAGUUUUCCUGAGGAGAAAUGCCACUUUAAAAUUUCAUCUAAUAUAAUAUAGUACCUCCUAAGCUUCAAUGAAUCCAACAAAUAGAGUAUAG